AUGCCUCUCGGAAUCCACAAUCCCUUGCCUUCGUCUCUGGGAAGCGAAUGCAAGAAGGUUGGAAAAAUCCUUGCGUCCUUCAUCGACCCGCGACAAUCGUUUGGCCCCGACAAAGUGAUUCCGCCUGAGAUCCUGGCAGGCGCCAAGGGACUGGCUAUUCUCACUGUCUUGAAAGCGGGAUUCCUCGGCUCUGCUCGAUUUGGUUCUGGUGUGGUCGUCGCCCGUCUGGCCGAUGGUUCUUGGUCCGCCCCGUCGGCCAUUGCAACUGCCGGUGCCGGGUUUGGAGGGCAGAUCGGAUUCGAGUUGACCGACUUCGUCUUUAUCCUCAACGAUGCCGCUGCGGUUCGGACCUUUUCGCAAGUGGGAACUCUGACGCUGGGAGGCAACGUUUCGAUCGCCGCAGGACCGGUAGGGCGCAAUGCGGAAGCGGCUGGCGCCGCGAAUACGCGGGGUGUCGCCGCGGUGUUUUCCUAUUCGAAGACCAAGGGACUCUUUGCCGGUAUCAGUUUGGAAGGCAGCAUGCUCGUGGAACGAAAGGAUGCCAACGAGAAGAUGUACAAUAGCCGAGUCUCUGCGCGUCAGCUGCUCAGUGGAACUAUCCGACCUCCCCCAAGUACCGACGCCCUGAUGCGUGUUCUGAACUCUCGUGCAUUCUUCGGCAAUGGACGGGGCAAUGGGGAUGCCAUGUACAACGACAUCCCGAUCUAUGAUGAUCGCCAUGACGACGUGGUGUGGGAGGGACGCCGGGGCGAUGCGUACGGUGAGGGUGUCCGGCGCGACCGGGGCGGCAUCAGUAGCAGCGACGACCAAAGUCUCGACAGACCCCGUCGCGCGAACACCUGGGCCGACGAUGUCUACGAUCGACCGGCAGGCGGCAGCGGCGGCCUGGGUCGCUCUGCCACGGCCCGUUACAAUCGCGACACUUUCGACACGGCUAGCCGCAGUCGAAGCAACACCACCCCAUACGAGGACGACUAUGUAUAUUCGGAUCGCAAGCCCACUCGACCUACCGCCCCCAAGCCAGUCUUUGGGAAUCGAACAGGGGGUGGUGCGGCCUUGCGACAGGACCAGGCGAUUGCGCUGUACACCUUUGAUGCCGACCAGGAUGGGGACUUGGGUUUCAAGAAGGGAGAGGUCAUCACCAUUCUCAAGCGCACCGAGAAGACCGAGGAUUGGUGGACGGGGCGGAUCGGUGACCGGGUUGGUAUUUUUCCUAGUAACUACGUUGAUGCGGCUUGA